CUCCUGCAUUUGGUUUUGAGAAGCCUAGCACCGUCCACUCUGUUUAAGAAAAAGUCAUCUUUAAGACUUAGGAUCUUGCAAACACUUUGAAAUUGCUGCUCUCUUCCCCCGCUUCCUUUAAAAGACUGCAGGUGGACUUGCCUCUGCAGGGACCUUAAUUUAAACCUUGCUCUUAUUUUCUCUGACCCUGACAAACAUCUUUCUCUUUAUCACAAUUCUGGACUGACACGCUGCUCUCUGUAGAUGCAACUGCUGCUGAACAUGCUAAGGUGAACAAGAGAGAAAAAAGAAUAAGAGGUACUGCUAUGUGGAUAUUUGUUAGCAAUGACUGAUGUGGAAUCUACAUAUGCAGACUUUAUUGCUUCAGGAAGAACAGGCAGAAGAAAUGCAUUACAUGACAUCCUUGUGUCCUCUCCGGGUGGGAACUCUAGUGAACUAGCCUUAAAGUUAUCAGAGCUUGAUAUAAAUAAAACAGAAGGAGAAGGAGAUGCACAACAAAAUCCAAGUGAGCAAACCGGGGAGGCCCAAGGGGAGGCAGCAAAGCAAGAAAGCUGACAUCCAACUUUGACCGAGUGGAGCAGCUGAUGGAUGUUUUCAGGCUACAAGAGUGUGCUGGAACAAAUUUGUUUCUAUGAGCAAGCUGGUAGAAAAGAAAGUGCAUGUGUCUUCACUGCUGGAACGCACUCAACACAAUGCUAGAAAUCUGGGUACAAGCUGUGACAGAAGACAGAAUUUUCUCUACCUCUGUCAUUAGCAAUGGUUGAACGUGUAUUGAUUUUUUGGGAUAGUGUCAUCAGAUGGAUCCCUUCAUAAUGACUACUCAAUGGGAACACUUUUAGAAAGUAGAACAGGUAAAUCUUGUAGCAAAUGGCCUUUGAAGCAUCAGAGGAUCUAAUUGUGUAUCUUAAGCAAAGUCUUGUGUGAUCCUCAGAGUUUAAAAUUCUCUGGCCAAAGUGUUUGCCCAUUAUAAGAACUGUAAAGAAAGCACUGUUUUUAGAACUUUGCAUCUGUUUUACAGCUCUGUUAUUUACAAUGGUUUUUGUAUUGUACAACUUAGAUGCUCCACACUGCCCCUUCUCAACUGCUUAUGAAGAAUAUUUCUGUUACUGUGAAUUUUUCUACCACACGUUUUGAAAGGGCUGGUUUUUUGCAUAAGGUGGUGAUGUGCAUAUGAUAGAUCUAAACGUCAACCGCUAAAUUGAUUAUACCUAAACCUAAAUGACUCAGCAACAAGCAACACUCUAAUUUGUUACUAGAUGAGCCUUCAAAACGAUUUGUUAAUGUGAAUACUUGAGCGUGUGUUGUGUCCUUGGUACAGUUCUGCCACUCGCCUGUAGUUAGUUGCAUAUCAGAGACUCAGAUUGGAUCUUUUAUGUUAUUCUUCCCCAUUUUUCUAAUUUUGGUCCCAAUUUCUUAAUCUUUCUCUGAGAUAUUUUUUUAAAAUGUUAUGCCGAGUAUUUUAUUGUUACAGUAGUUUUAAGGAUACAUUUAUAACCUUAUAUGGGUUAAAAUUCAAAUGAAUUCCAUGGUGCUAGAGGUUUUCCUGAUUCACAUUGUAACAGAUAGGCCUUGUUUACGCAUGGGAGAAUAACUGGCAUAGGUUAUUGCCAAUUAUGUAUUCUGAAAUGAGUUUUAGAAUGCAGUAUAGUCCAAUAGGUGGCUCCUGGGCUGGAUCCAGCAGGGGGUUGGAUUUUUACUAUUCCUUGCCUUUGCCUCAGUUGACCAGGCUGUUGAGUUUGCACGGCCACUAGCCUGCUACUGAUGCACCAGAACAGCCAAGUGCUAGAAUCUUCUACAGUAGCCUUGUGGCUUGGAGUUGGAAAGGGAGGUGAGAGACUUGGCAUCUAGCACCCAAUGACUAAGAUUUUUUCCCACUUCAUCUAUUCCAAAAUGACAGUCCAAACUGGACCUUCAUCAAAAUACCAGGAUAGCUUGUCCAUCCAGGACAUCACUUAAAAUAUCUAUGACUUAAUUACCUGUUCUGCAGUAGCUAUUGCUAAUUGAUUUGUUUUUCCCCCUUGUCCUGCUCCAAUACACAAGGCCAUACAUGAGGCUGAAUGCUGCAAAAUGGGGCAGCCACACCUCUGUGUGACUAAGGUGAGUGAAGAGAGUGACUGAUAGUAAACCAUGGCAAUCACACAAGCACCAAUCACAAGGUCAGAAGAUUUGUUUUCUUUUAUUAAUAGGAGGUGAUGUCACUUUAUAUAUAGUAUAUAUAUAUUAUAUAUAUUUUUGUGUUGUUGGUUUCAAAUGUUAUGCACUUUUUAAUGUUUGUAAACUUUUAAUAAUGAAUAGUGUGAUUGCUUCCUGAAUAUAUUAAUCAUCAGUUAACAAAACAUCUUUGUGGCCACAGCUGUUUGUUUCUACCAUAUGUAUCAUAGUACUUGUCACCUGAAAAUUUUUUGUGAGAUAUAUGGAGGAAAAAAACCCACUUCUGAUCAGUAUUAUGAGAUCAUUUAUUAGUGUUAAUAAAAAACAAGCCAGCCGUAUGCUUGUGGCUCAUGUGUGUAAUAAUAACUCUCACCUUCUAGUGUUUGGAAGCUGAAUGCCUUGCUGUCUUAUUUGCUGUCAAAUGCCCUAUCUUCUUGGUAAGAGAAGUAGUCUAUUUGCUUUGGAAAUAAUGUUAUCCUUAAACAAUUCUUAUUAAUUUGUUUCACUUGGUGUUCCUUUCAAACUUAACACAUUAUUAUUGACCUUUUUUAAAAUUAUUUCUCCCCCUUUUGCUCUUGCAUUAAAUGUUCAAGCUGAACUGGCUGCCCUUUGUCAUGGACUAGUUACUGUCAAUCUAGCACAAAUGCCAGAAGGAAAUAGGAUUGUAGAGUUUUUUUUAUAGUAUUACUUUAUUGAUGAGCCAUGAAACAUCAUCAGUAAAAUGUUGCAGAAAAAGGCAAUAGUGAAAUAAGUAUUUGCAGUAUAUUAAAGUGAUGGUUUUCCUUAUUUUCCUUCAAUGCUUUUCUUUAUUUCAGUAUACUUUCCUUCUUAUUUUGUGUUGUUAAAUAAAAUUAAUUUCAGCCUUUCCUCUCUAUUUUGUACCUGUUUUUUUCUGUUUCUCCUCUUUUUUUUUCAUGUUUUUCAACAAAUUAUGGAGGCUUUUUGCUGGUUUUUGAAACCCAUUUCUUUGUGAUGGAAAAUAGCACUGUUAAUUUUAGUGGAGUAAAAGGCUAUUUAUGUUCCUCUUCCCCCAGAAGUGUAUAAGUGUUUGAUUUAUCACUUGAACUGUGCUUGCUGUCCUAAUUUUGGAUAUUUCUGUGUCAUCUAUAAGCUGGCCUCACUUAAUGUAAACAUGUGGUUAGUCUGUGCCAAGUCACAGCACAGUAUCUUGUGUAUUAUUGUUACCAAAGCAAUUACAGAAGAACUACUUUAAAUAUAUUCACACCUUUACUUCUGUGUAAUUGCAUCAUAUAACCGGGACACUGAUGGCAGAACCAGACUUUGACUGAGUUAUUUUUGCUUUUGUUAGUUUUCUUUUUCAGUUCACCUGAUACUCUGGCUUCUCUUCCAGUAUCUUCUUUCUAUUUUACUGUGUUCAUUAUAGUUAAAUAUCUGUUUAAUCCAUGCUUAUCUUAGAAAGAUCUUCCCAAAAAGCUAUAUAGACACAACAAAGCCAGGUCUGGAAUAUCAGCAUAAUAGAAUACUCCUUAUCCUUAAGGUUUGGCUUUGGUGGGAUGGUGGUGGGUUUGUUGUUUCAUUUUUGGAGGUUUUUUUACCGUCUCUUUAGACAGAUGUUUUCAGUGCUUUGGUCACUCUGAAGGACCAUCUCUUAAAAAGUCUCUGUAUUCAUGUUCUUGUUUCCAUAAUGAAGUCUAUGAUUAUAUUCAUUGAACUUGUAGGGUUCAGGUUCCCUGUCCACUUGAAACAAACAGAACUUUUACUAUAAUUGGACAGAUACUGGCAUUUCUUUCUUCAGCUUACUUCCAUUGAUGUUGGCUACGUUCUUCAAAAAACAUGUGUUAAAAGACAGCAGCAAGCACACACAUUUGUUACUUCAUCAAACAAUCAUUUUAGAGCCAAAAGUUCACCAUGACAUUUGAUUACACAAUUGCUGAAUGUGAAAAAAUGUCAGUAUACUUGGUCCUCAUCUGUGUAAUUUCUCUUGCAUUUUUUUCCCAAAAUUUUGAAAUGGGAAAAGGUUUAUUCUCAUAGGAGGGCAAAUGGAUAAUUAUCUGGUUCCCUGAAGGAGCAACUACUAAAGGGGUUAAGAUGGAAUUUCUUCAGUAUGAAUGCCUUUCUCAGCUAAAUUGGAGAAUUUUGGAUGUUCCUAAUGUUUGUAUUUUAUGUUUCAGAAACAUCACUAAGUUUUAUUCAGAGGAAAGACUGAGAGCUGCUGUUGAGACUGAGCACAGUGUAGUAACCUCACCUUUAACAGUUUGCCUUACCUCAGUAAUGUUCCUAUGUUGAAUGCUGUGUUUUUGCUGACUUGUUACUUUGUUUUGCUCUGCAUCUCUUUCUGGCUGGUUUAUUUUCCUGUGGUUCCCCGAUGUACAAUAAUACUCUAAAAAUAUAUGGAGUGCUGUAUUACUGUA